AUGGUCGAUCGCACGGUCUAUGCCAAUGACAAGACGCCAGAUCUGCCAUUGCGACAAGUGUUCGGCCGCCAACGUGUUCAUCAAGAUCUUUGUCGCCUGGCUGCUGACUCUGGGCUGCUCACGGUCGAGACCUUCGCCAUGUUGGGCGACGACAUUGCGUCAGUCAAGGCCACAUUGAAGAAUUUGGUGCCCGACCAUGCUCGGUUUGGCACUGAUGCCCCGGCUCAAGAGUUGGCGCUCACGUCUCUGGCCGCAGUGUGGAAGACCUGCAGCACUAUGCAGGAUCAUUUUGCAGCUCGCAGGGCGAAGAUGGAAGAAGAUCCAUCGAAAGUGCCUGAGAUCCCAGGUGAAGAUCAUGCAGAGUUCCGUGAAAUCUUUGUCAAUAGACAUCCUGAUGUGCUCUUGCCACCACAUCGGGAGCCCCACCGGAAGUUCGUCGAACGUGUUCAACGCGACUUUCUUGUUCACGGCUUUGUGCACUUUUACGAGGUGGGGGAGAUCAGGACUCGCAACGAGCAGAUCGCUCAGAAAACUGGUCUAUCAAAGAACGCCGAAGAUCUUCUUCGCGUGGUCAUGGUGGAUCAGCCGGCAGCGGCCAGCUCAGAGUCCCAGGUGAUGGACAAGCUCCACGCAUUCUUCAUCACGCUCGAGUACCUGAACAUCUGUGAGUUCACCAAUGCGGCAGGACCCCUGAAGUACUUAGCUGAGCUCGAAGAAUGGCGGCACGAGAAUCGUGGCUUGGCGCUACUGCUCACUGUCGACACCCUGAUCCGCAAGAAGGUUCACAGGGUCAGCUCUGAUCAGAGGAAGCAGUUCACCAACUUUUCGGCCGCUCUGCUGGAAGUGCUGACACAUCACAAGCAGUUGUGGAAUGACGCUCGGUCAAGCGCAGAGCUGGACAAGUUCAAGCAGGCGCUCCACACCACGGCCCCAUCGACACCCGUGACAAAGAAGCGAGAUCGCUCAACUUCGCGCUCUCCACCCAAGAGUUCACCGAAGUCCAAGAAGAACAAGGCACGGCGUGCUCGUCAGAAGCUCCAGUUGCAGAAAGCUCGAGCCACCCUGGCGGCUCAGUCAGCAGGGGACAAAUCGGGUGGGUCCAAGAAGCCUUCCCGUGAUGAGCGGGUUCCGGCAAAAGAGUGGCAGACCAUCACUUCGUUCAAGUACUCGGGCCCCCGGCGUUGUCCUUUCUACAAUUGCUCUCUGGGCUGCCGUUUUGGGGAUCAGUGCAAGCAGAAGCACGAGGAGGUCGGCUCCCCACCUCCUGGCGUUUGGACAUGCGAGCCGCCGGUGAGUUCAGUGACAAAUGAUGAUCAGCCCAGUUGGGGUGCUCAGACACGUUUGCUGGAUCACCAUCAGCCUUGGCCUACCUGGGACAGCGUGCCUUCCUCGCUGGCCGACUUGCAAGUUCGUGGGCCCUUCUUCUUGGAGCUCUUUGCGGGCAAGGCUGGCAUUACGGAGGCUGUUCACUUGCUCGGGGUCCCUGUGCUACCACCAGUGGACAUUGCGCUGUCUGAUCUGGUGCCCACUCCUAGCGAUGUGGUGGAUGUCGCGGUGUGGGCUCACAUCAUGGCGAUCAUUGCGGCGGGGCUGGUCUUUUUCCUGCAUUGUGGUACCCCAUGUAACACAUUCACUGCAGCUCGCAAGCUAGACGGUGGCCCGCCGCCGUUGCGCUCCAAAGAGGCUCCUGAAGGGCUACCAGGCUUACGUCCAAGUGAUGAGGUGCUCGUUUUUCUUGGCAAUUUGUUUUUAGAACGCUCGGCUGAGGCUUGUUUUCUUGUUUUUGCUCUUGGGGGCGAUUUCACCGUUGAAAAUCCCCUCCUUAGCUUAAUUUGGGACACUGCCCAAAUGCAGCAGCUCUUGGCGGGCGCUCGUGCAUUUGCUCUGGACUUCGAUCAGUGUGCUUUUGGUACGCCAUGGCUGAAACCGACCGACGAGGCUCAGAUCUACCCUUGGAGCCUGUGCGCUACAUUGGCAGUGCAGAUCGCGCAGCUCUUUGUGGACCCCUUUGCACAUUUGGCUCCUUCGUUUGGUCUGAAGGUUCCUGCACAUGAUCGCAAGCGCGAGCUCCUUUCUACGCGACCGUGGAAAGUUCAUCGGCAAGCCGACACGGCCCGCCGGGCUCUCGCUGCAGGCUACCAGCUCAAGCGUGGUGCUCUCAAGCCUUUGUUGGGCAUUGAGCUGGAACCGGGAGAAGCCAUUCGUUGGGUCCUACAGGUGCCCCAUCCGUUCUCCCAAGCCGCUGGCCUUCCAGCAGAUCUUGAACAAGCUCUUCAGCAUGUUGUACACAAGGGCGCCCAGAUCGUGCAUGAACGCGCUCGUUUGCUCGCUUUUUGGGAGCGCAGGGCUCAGGAGCUAUUGCCGCUCUCCAUCUUCAGGAUCAUGCAGCAGCCUGACGCUGCCCUCAGGCGCUUGCUGCUUGGCGCCCUUGAUCCGCAAAGUGCUCAUUUGGGGUCUAUUUGCCACGUGGCCCUCUAUGAGGAGAUGCUGAAGGCGUGUGGCUCCGUUGACACUGACCUUCCGGAUCUGCUCUUGCGUGGCUUCCCCAUCGUCGGCAAGAUUGCGGCAACUGGUCGUUGGCCGCCAUAUCCUAAAGAUCAGAAAGUUUUCCCGGUGCAAGAAGCUUUGUCUCGGGCCUGGGACUUACGCUCGAAAAUUGUGCAUCGAGUUGCAGGUGUUCCUGUCUCAGAAAAUCUGCAGAAGAUCUGGGAUGCGACAAUCGAAGAUGUUGUGGAAGGCUCUUGUUUGGGACCUUUUCAGGCCGCGGAAGAAGUCACGACUAUGCUGGGAUGUGAUGAUUGGAUCCCAACGCAGAGGUUCGAAGUCGUGCAAAAGAACAAGGUCAGAGGGUGCGAUAGUGCUACCACAAAUAUGAUCAACCAAAUUACAGAGAUCACGGAGAAACUCCAACUGCCCUCCACCGACAUGAAUGUGGCAGCGCUCAGACGCCUGAAGACUUUGGCUCCUGAAGCAGCUCUUCGAGGGUGGGUGCUCGAUGAGAGAAAAGCAUAUAGGCAAGUGGCUGUUCGUCCUGAUCACAGAAAGUUCUCGGUGAUCUGCCUCAAGAACCCUGCCACGAACAAGCCUGUGUUCUUUGUGAUGGUUGGUCAUUCAUUUGGCUUGGUGUCCGCUGUCUACAACUACAACCGUUGUUCGGCGGCCAUCAACGAGAUCCUUGUGAAGCUGUUUGGUCUGGUAGCUUUCAGUUUCUAUGACGAUAAGUAUGGCUUUGAACCAGCGUCAUCUGCCCCGAGCGCAAAGUUAGUGGCGGAACGUGUUCACACGUGGCUUGGUGCUCAGUUUGAUCAGAAGAAGCUCCAACUGUCAUCGAGCCCGACCAUUUUAGGUGUUACCUACAAUUUGGAUUUGAUGCAGCUGGAGAUCAAGAGAGAGAGGCGUGAUGAUUUGCUCGAGGAAAUGGAUUCUGUGCUUCACUCUGGUCUACUAGACCCAGGCUCUGCUGGAAAGUUGAAAGGAAAGCUGAUGUUCGGUGCCUCGCAGUUGUGGGGCAAAGUCGGUAGGGCAUUUUUGCGAUCCAUUUCUGAAAGGCAGUACUGCAAGUUUCCAAACGGAGGCGAGUUCAAGUUGGGCAAAGCGCUUGAGGAGUCCCUGAGACAGUGGAGGAAGCUCGUCGCUGGUGGGCCCCCUCGCCCGAUUGAUGUGGCUCAUGAACGGCUCUCAGAUGCAGUGAUCUUCACUGAUGGUUUUACUCCUGAUCCGAGGUCUCCUGAGCGUUUGCCCGAUAGGAUAGGUGCUGUUCUUUUUGAUCGUAGGUUGAAUGCUCCUCGACAGUUUACUGCAGUUGUUCCUGAUCAGGUCAAGAAUUUUUGGUGUGAGCGAACUACACAGAUUGUCCCGAUCGAAAUGCUUGCUCCGAUCGUUGCACUUCAGACUUUUGCCGAUCGCGUCAGAGGGGCUGAUAUUAUCCUUCUGAUCGAUUCUGAGGCAGUCGAAGGGGCUUUGAUCAAAGGGUAUUCGUGUCGUGAGGACAUUUGUUUGCUCAUUUCCAUCUUUUGGGAUCUGGCGCUCAGUUUACGGGCUCGAAUUUUUAUCGAUCGAAUAUCGACCGAUGCCAAUCCGGCCGACUGGCCAUCCCGCAAUUUGAUGGAUAGGGGAACUAGUGUUGGGUGGUCCACAGUCGAUCCUUCCUGGCCUCGAGUAUUGUUCAAUGGUACUUGUGGGCCUGGGUAG